AUGAACGCAGCUACAUUCAGACACACUGGGGAUUGGAACGCCGCCUCUCGUCAAAACAGAGCUUUGCGUUUUAUUGAGUCCUACGCCAAGGAGGUGGCUUCCGAUAUUGGCAUCCAGUACUCCGCAACAAAAUACUACGCUCCUUCAUGCGUCUUCUUUGACACCACAAAUGUCACAUAUAACGGUGCCAACGACAUUAAGGCCUGGAUGCAACGUCUCUUCUCCUCAUUUGACAAAAUUGAAUUCACCGGUCUCACUUUUCUGGUCAUCGAAGAAGGAAUCCCCGAGCAGGAUACUCCAAUUUAUACUGUCAAUGCCGAAUUUAUGGCAAAAUACUACGUCAAGGGCGACCCGGAACCCGUUUCAGUUCCUAGAUUGUUCAUUUUCACCAUCGGUCCAAGUGAGUCGGAAGACGGGUUUGAUGGACUGCAAUAUCUAGAUGUAAAAUUGUACUGGGAUACCUCUUUGGUUAGAGAGAAGAUUUUAAGACGUCGUAUUACAAGUGUGAAGGAUCAGGGUGGUCCUGUUGAUUAA